AUGGGCAAUUCUCAGACAAAGGAAGCACGUGGCCACGGCUCCUCUGGCUCGCGGGUCAGUGGCAGGACGAGCCCGACUCCACGACAAGAUGGACAACAAACCAACUUGGAAGUGCCCGUUGGGCCCGCGCACUCCCGCCAACGAAGAGGCAGCCGACCCGACUUUUCCUUCCUCGGCAUUGGUGGAAGCAGUGAUCAGAUUGCCAAUUCACUUGAGCAGCGACGCGAGACCAAGGUGGAGAGAGAAGCUCGAAAGGCAGAAAAGGAGAGAGCAGCCAGACUCAAGGAGCGGGAGCGCAGUAUGAAAGAAGAGCAUGUUGAUGGGGGAUAUCUAGUGACCCAAGGCGUCUACGUGGGUACGGAAGACUUCAACAAAGCAAUCGUUAGACAGUUCAUGGUAGGGCAUUAUGUCACGGCUACUCUCGUGAAGGUAACUGACGCGGUACAGAUCGAGCGACGGCUUGCUCCUUUCUGGAGAGGGCUGAACGAUUACUCGGAUUCAUGGGCAGAGCAUCAACUCAUGGCUGCCGCUCGCGGCAUGCCUAUUCCCCCAGCAGAUGAAGUGCCUCCUGAGCUUGAAUACCAGCUUGCGAAGAGGAUCACUACAGACAGGACAAAAGAGUCUGCACUGAAAAGCCUUACGAUCCCCAUUGGAGGAAGAUCACAGUCCUUUCAGUCAGAUAGUUCCGCGCCGCUGUCACCACCUCCCAAUUCUUUACCACUUCCCUCGCCCUCCUCGCCACUCCCGUCCGGCUCACCAGGGACCAGCACCUUUCGAACGCGUGCCAAAACGCUGGCGUCUCUAGCGACCUCGUCCCGAGGCAAUUCCCAAGUAGAUAUGACUCCACGAGAAUUCCAGCUGCCACCGGACCCUUUCGUCAAUGGACAGCCAAUCGAAGUCUACCUGUACAAGGACGCAUCCGAAUGCCCGAUAUGUUUUCUAUACUAUCCACCUUACCUCAACACCACUAGGUGUUGCGAGCAGCCUAUCUGUUCGGAAUGUUUUGUUCAGAUCAAGCGGCCUGAUCCUCAUCCACCCGAACAUGAACAACCGGAUCCGAAUGCGCCACCUGUCUCAGACGCUGAGCGUGAGGCACAGGCCGAUGGUCUACUUGUCUCUGAGAUUGCAACCUGUCCAUAUUGUAAAACCCCCGAUUUCGGUAUCACGUACACGCCGCCUCCCUUCCGGAGAGGGCUUACCUAUGGAACUGGGUCUCAACCCUAUCAGGUCAUGUCUGCCAUGUCUUCUCAGACAUCAAUCUCUUCAGGCAACCUCUCUCCGGGUCCCGGUCGGAGACGAGGGACUUCUUUGUCUGCAAAUGCCCCCGAAGUCAUAACCACAGACAAGAUACGCCCUGAUUGGGCAACCAAGCUGGCGGCUGCUCGGGCUCAUGCUGCGCGACGAUCUGCAGCAGCUACGGCGUUACAUACAGCCGCAUAUCUGAUGAAUGGGCAGGGAGCAGACUCGCGUGCCUUUGCAGCAUUCAGCCGCCGCGGAAUGUUGAGACGGUCAACCCUAGAAGGGGGAGAGAAUGGACCAAGUUCGAAUUUGAGUGCACUUGCGAUCCUGGCGGAGAGACAUGCAGCGCGGCAACAGGAGGCGACUGGAGAAUCCCGCGCAGGCUCCAUGUUGCCACCACCACGCGGCAGCAGUUCCCGACGAAGUCGCAUGGACGACCUGGAAGACAUGAUGAUGAUGGAGGCUAUCCGCCUAAGCCUGGCCUCCGAAGAAGAACGCCGCAAGAAAGAGGAGAAAGAAGCACGCAAAGAAGCGAAGAAGAAAGAAAAGGAGACAAAGAAGGCUGAGAAAGCGGCGCGGAAGAACAGUCUGUUCACCCUUAAUUCCAACGGUAGUAACGGGGACGCAUCCAGCAGCCAGAUGGAAAGAUCUCGAAGCAAUCUCUCUCUCGGCCAAGACGAUGACUCUGCUACCAGCAAGGGCAAGGGAGUAGAGCGGAGUGAUACCCCGCCUGUGGAUGGGGGAAAGGCGGAGGAUGAGGCUCCGCGACCAUCUUAUAUUCCAGCUCUGUCGCUGUCUGGGACCAGUCAAGAGUCCUUGGCGAGUUCCAUUCCUAUCCCGACCGCGGCUGAACCAUUCCGACGAUCUCAUCUGCGGCAGAUGUCCACUGCCUCAUCCACAUCGUCUUCAUUUGUCGAGCCAGGUCCUGCGGCUUCAUUUUCGGGCUCCGGGACCCCUCCGCCAGGAAGUCUGGAGCCAAUGUUCAAUUUCAGAAGUCUCGCCGCCAUGAUUGGGGAAGAUGAGAAAGACAGUGACAGCGCUCAUGUCGAAAAUGCUCCUAGAGACCAUUCGCCAAAGUCUCGGGAGGACUCGCCAGAAAAGGCGCCUCGGAAGGUUGGGGAGAGCUGGGAUCAUGACGACUCAGACCUUCCUGCAUCUUCAGAUUCGUCCCCAAGGCGGGACAGCGAUGCAGAACCGGUGGCGACAAACGGGAAGCUCGUUGAUGAGCCACCAACCAGAGUAUCACAUGUUUAA